AUGCGGCUUCUUGUUGCUCUCCUCGUGGCAUCGCUGCUAUCACUUUCUGUGAUUGCCGACUCAGACAAGGAUAGUGGCCAAAGCCCCAAGUUCUAUAACUCAGCGCACCAUGCAGCCGCAGAUCCUUAUGUCUUUUAUGACUUCGAGAAGGGCCAGUACUAUGCGUAUUCCACCGAGGGAGCCGAUGAAGGAUAUCACUUUGCUAUCUACAUCAGCCCGGACCUUUCGACAUGGCGCAAACAUCCAGGAGGCGUCUUGAAAGCUUGUUACGACGAUCAGAUGAAACGAAUAGAUGGUGGUCAAGCUUGCUGGGCCCGAGAUUGGUUUUGGGCCCCUGAAACCUACUACAACGAGAGAACCGGAUGGUACUUCUUCAUUUUCGCUGGCCGUCUACGGGAAGAUCUGGCCAAGGAUCACUUUCGAUAUUCCAAAUUUGAGGAGCCCUCCAAGCUAGGAAUUGCUGUCUCCCGCUCGCCUACAGGUCCUUUCAACGAGAUCCGGCCAGAACCAAUUGGCUACUAUCCCUAUGAUCCGGAUUAUCACGACAUCAAUCUGGUCAUGGAUGAUCAGCAAAUGCUGCCACCAGAAAGUCUGGCCCAGGGAGAAGCUGCGCCAAAGGGCACAUACAUACCUACUAUAGAUCCCAACAUUUUCUUCGACAAUGACGGCCGAAUUUACUUAUACACUUCACGAAAUGCCUACCGAAAUUGGAAUUGGGACAGUUCCCUGGGAAAAUAUAUCGAAGAAUCCAACAUCGUCGUGGUUGAACUGGACCGGAAAUGGUGGGAUGAUCCGUUUGCACGAACGAUGCCGGAGAUUGCCUCGUCUCAAAUCAAUCUACAUGCAGACAAUGCUACCGAACUACCGUCAAACAUCACCUCCUAUAACGGCACCGGCGAGAUCGGAGAUCCUCCUCGCAAAGACGGUUGGAAGACCGUCAUUUCCUACGGCGCCGAUCCGCAAGACUGGGAGAAUUUCCACGUGGAUGACUACGUUAAGUUCAAUGGCACGAAGAAGAAUCGCCGCUGGUCGGAAGGGAGCACGAUCAUUACUCGAAAAGGAAGUAGCGGCAAGUCGAUAUACUUGCUGACCUAUAGUGCCAACAAUUAUGAAGCUUCCAAUUACGGCGUCGGGUUUGCAACGGCAGAAUCACCUCUGGGACCAUUCAAGAAAUCGUCGAAAAAUCCUGUUCUCUCUCAAGCUCCCGAUGGAGACUUGCCUAUCUAUUCAACGGGCCAUGGGAGUAUUGUUGCGUCACCUCCACCCAACAACAGAGUCAAGUUUGGCGCGCAAGAGGUCACAAGAAAAAGUCUGGAUGGUACAGAGCUGUUCUAUGUACAUCAUGCACGAAACGACACCACAAGAGAUCGCUCCAUCUACACCACACGCAUGGAACUCAACGAUUCUGCGAUCUUUGUUGGCUCUGAUGAUGCAAUUAGCAUGAGGCUGACACCGCUUGACCAAUCUCUCCCUGAAAACACUUACCCAAUCAAGUUUCAAGUCAGUUGCUCCGGCGAUCGAAGCUCUGGUGCUCGGUUCGACGUUCGUGUCAUCUCAAAAGCUGGCGCUCCCUUUGACCUCAUGGAGGGAACGAAUAGAGUGGUUUCUCUUCCUGGUGCCAUUGAAUCAACUUCCAUUGAGUCUGCCAAGAGGCGAGACGGUGGGUACAUUCUAAACUUCAACGGCACAUCAGUGAGGGAGCUAGCAUAUCAACGAUUAAGUGUCGACAGAAAUUGGGUAACAGUUGAAAGCAAGGAGAUCAGAUGUAAAACAACACAGCGUCGUUUCCUGACGCAAUUAUGA